AAGGAAUUCGGUGUCACCCACAUUUCAGCAGUCACAAUUCCCCCUCGCCUUUUCUCUCGACUUUAAACACACGUCCACCCUAAUUUCGCUAGGAUGACCUUUGCAAAACUCUGCGUCUUUCUCACAGUCUGCCUCGCAGCCUCUGACGUGCUGGGAGGAACGGUGCCAAUCAAUGAUGGCAAGUACAUUUUAGAGACCAGAGUCACCUUGGCUGGCGUCCUCACUGUGAAGGUCACGGCAGAAACGACGGGUUGGGUGGGAUGGGGACUAUCUCCGAACGGAAGCAUGAUUCUCUCCGACCUGGUCAUCGGGGGUUUCGAUGCGUCAAAGGGUUCCUACAUCGGGGAUCGCUUCUCCGCCGUUCCGGGGCCUCCACAACUGGAUGCCGUUCAAAAUGUUCAACUCGUCUCGGCGUCUGAAAAUGCGACCCACACGGUGCUAGAGUUUACUCGAGCUGUUGAUACGGGAGAUAUGACGGAAGAUAUUAAAGUGGAGAAUGCAGUCCAAUUUAUUGUCUGGGCUGUUGGUCCCACGGACGAAAUUGAAUAUCAUGGACCGGAAACUCGAGGCACGAUAGAACUUAACUUGAUGGAUGGUUAAGCAAUACUUUGUGAUUUAAUAUAUCAAUGUGGCACACGUCGCACCAAAAUACUGUAUUUUAAUAAACCGGAAGAUACAACCAGAGAUUUUGUUAAAGAGCAUAACUUAACUAUGCAUAUGUAAUUAAAUUAAAAUUUUACAAUACGUAUAUAAAUGCAUGCAUCAAAACCUUGAGCAAAACAACAAUGCUAAUGCUCCACCUAAAAAUAAUUGUUGUUACACGUAUACACAUACAAACACCGGCUUUAUGUCAUGUCUUGGAUAAGAUAAUAAUUUCCAAACCGAGAUAAGGUAUCCGUCGACGAUAAACAUAUCAUGAGAUAAUUUGAUAUCAUAUGUUGUCCUUGUGACAUGUGAUCACUUAAUUUAUAGCGUUAGUUAGAUAUUGUACGUAUGUAUUAAUAUGGAUAUUUGAAUAAUUUUAAAAUAAUUUUAAUGUGAAGCAAAUUUGCAAUAUUAUUCAUCAUGUGGUCACUACGAGUCAUUUUCCUCCUGCUCACCGUGACCAGCGUCUCAUUCACCCAAGGUCAGGAGGGGCAGCUCUCCUCUUCCUCUUCACCUGACGAGCUUGUUCCUUCAAUAGGGCCACCACAGGAUCCAGAUUUGUCAAGUCUGGUCGCUGUCCAAGUGAUAUUUCGCCACGGGGCCCGCACAAUAGAAAAAUCGUUCCCGUCUGACCCCUACAACGAUGAGAAAUUCUGGCCAAAUGGAUUCCAUCAGCUCACCUGCAUCGGGAAAGUGCAGUGUUACGACCUGGGCCGUUUCCUCAACAAGCGUUACUCGUCCUUUGUCAACACGACGACGUACGUUCGUCGGGAUGUGUAUACGCUCAGCUCAGACAUUGAUCGAACAAUUCAGUCCGGAAGUGCCGUGCUGGCUGGUAUUUAUCCUCCCAAUGAUGCUGUGGCAGAAUGUGGUUCGAUCCACUGGAAGGAUGUUCCUGUCCACACCCUCCCCUUUAAGCAGGACAACGUCAUCCGACAAGAGUCCCCCUGCCAAAGGUACGACACCCUCCUUAACCAGGUCCACACCUCCCCUGUCGUCACCGACAAGGUUGUCGCAAAUAUGGAAAUCCUCCAAGAAUUUGCAAGGAAUGCCAAUAUUACCAAUUUUACGAAUAUUAAACAACUCGCGAAUUAUUAUGAUGCCCUAAUUGUUGAGCGUUAUUUCAAUCUGACUCUUCCCGACUGGGCUAACCGCGUCCUGGACUCGACAAACUUGCGAGAGUUGACACUCUUCUAUUUUCAGACGCUGUCGUACACGGACGAAAUGAAGCGAUUCCGUGCUGGACCAUUGUUCAAUAAAGUUUUGCAUAAUUUUGAUCUCACGAUGGAGGGAGAGAUCGGGGAUGAGCAGGGUCGACUGCUAUAUCUCAUUUCAGGUCACGACCACACCAUCUCCACGUUCCUCGACACCUUGCGCCUCUUUUCCAAAAAUACUCGACCCACAUUCGCUUCUGCCGUGGUUGUCGAACUUCACCGGAGGACUGACGCAUUAUUCAUCGAGCUCUUUUACAAGAACGGUGGGGACAAUGAUGAGAUACUCACGCGCUUAGAAAUCCCUGGUUGUCCAAAUCCCUGUGCAUAUUCUGACUUUCGCAUCCUAGUUGCCCCCUACGUAAUCGAGUACGAUCAAUGGUCAAAGGAGUGUCUGAAAGAUGAAAACGUCGACGGAGGAUGGUCCACCAUCGUCAGGGUGACUGGAUGGGUCGUACUUAUGGCGGCUCUGGUUCUACUCAUGGUCACCAUUUCUCUAUGGAUUUGUUCCAUCCUUAAGAAACGCAAGAUUCAAGAACGUUACAACCGUUUCCAAUAAAAUAUCCAUUAAUUCGUAACAUUAUCGUCGUAUAUUUAUUCACUGUGAAACUAGUUAGUAUAAAAAAAAUUCAUGAGAAACCGUAAAUACUAAUAAAAUUAUAGUUCUUAUUAACCAGAAAUUA